AUGGCUACAUCAAGACCGGUCAGUACGGUGGACACCCCAAUCACGAAGAAGAUACUGAUUACCCUUUCAGGGACAAAAUAUGAGGACCUCGCCCACGGGCUCAAUCUCUGCGAGGUCCCGAAGAACACAAGCGAUUUGGACCUGAUCUACCAGUCACAGAUCCUCAACGCGUAUACGGCCAACGCGCAGUUCAGCUAUGGGGUCCUACCGGGUCUCCCGGGCCUCAUAGCCAACCCUCUCAACAAAGUCCUCAAUCUGACGCUCGAGGCUCACGGUGCGCUCGAAGUCAUCAAUGCCAGUCUCUCGGUCCUUUUCAACGGCGUUUGCGUCGACUGGGCUGGACAAAACGCAUUCAGCCUAGCCGGCGCCGAGCAACUCCCCUUUCAAUACCUGGAGUGCCGCUACUUCCCCAUCGCGGCGGACCUGAUCCCCUCCGGCACAAUCUUCCCCGCCGGCUCUCUCGGGUAUAGCAGCGACCGCGGCAAAUUCUGCUCCGAGACCUUCAACAUGACCAUCCCUACCCACCAGGAACUGUCGACGAAAUAUCACUUUACAACCAAGGACCUGCUCGCGGCGACACACCUGCUGUUCACCUUCGGCACCAUUGAUCCCGUCUCCGGCUGGGCCCCGUGGCAGCUGUACGGACGAAUGACGGCCGACCGCAACGCGUCGAGUCUGAUGGUCGUCCCGGAGGGGGGGCACACAGAGGAUUCGUUCAAUCCAGCGUUCCUGACCAAGCCGGGAGUUCUGCAGGCGCAGAAGUUCCAGCUUGAAUACAUCAAGGAAUGGCUGGGAGUCACUACUUACUAG